GAACAGAUACGGAAAGAAUCCCGUUUGGCUCACAUUCCAACACACAGACUGCUGCCCAGAAAGAAAUCUGCAUCCACCAAGGUUCCGGACACUAGAGGGUGCAAGAAUUGUUGUGUGGCCCAUGAUGGUCUGCGUGAUAGUUGGUUUUUGUGUGUAGCGAUGGAAACCAGUGUACUAUUGUUGGAAUGGUAUCAACCCCUUGAAAAGUUCCUGUUGAUGAAGCAUUUUGAUUUCCCCCUGCCUUGUCCCCUGAAAACAUUUGAAAUGCUGGUGGUGCCAGGAGAACAAUAUCCUCUUGUCUGCAUUGGGAUCCACAAAGGGUCGUCCUCUAAUGGCAGGAUCCAGUUCCAGACCAUCAAUCUUAGCUCUCUGAGCUCCUGGUUUACAGAAAGUAGAGACGGUGAGCUAUGA